AUGGCCAAAGGAAACGCUAUCCGUGAAGUUGCUAUUGCCGCCGUCCUCGCCCUCGGAGGCGGCGCGAUCUGGAAGUCGUACGCGACCUCGGAACUCAAGUCGUUCGACGAUUACUACAAGGACUUGAAGCGCAAGACGGACCAAAAGGCCGCCGCGGAGUCGUCGCGGGCGUGCCACAAGACACUGCCAGACAUUCCAUCGAGCUUCCAGAAUCGAUAA